AUGCUAAGCGAGCAUACAAUUCCUAGCGAUUACGAUGAUGAAGGAGAUGAAUUUAUAGAUUUUGAAAGUUAUUACAGCGUUGAAGACACCGAUUUGAAUGGCUUUAAGGAUGAUUCAGAUUUUGACAUCACCAGUGACAUGAAUUCCGAUGACGAGAGUGGAAGCCGGAUAAGCUUUCUCAUAUCUACACAGGACUCAGAGAAUUUGGGUAAAAAGUCCAGUUUAAGUGGCUCAGAAGAAAGAGGAUUGCCAAAACUAAACUAUAAUUGCCUCACUACGGACCAGAUAUAUAAAUUGAUGCUUCAGCGCAUGGAAAAUUUACAGCCAAUAUUCAAUAUCCCAUUGGAAGAUAUGAUAAUACUGCUUCAAAGAUACGGUUGGAGUGAAGAGAGGUUAUUAGAGCAAUGGACAGAAGAUAUGGAAAAGGUCUUAGUGGCAUCUGGUUUACGAACCGCAAAACACGAUAAGAUUAAGCGUGGAAUAAAGCUCCACCCGAAUUUCAUGUGCCACAUAUGUUGUGAAAGUGGUGAGAAAGAAACGUUUUCCCUUGAGUGUGCCCAUGAGUAUUGUUUGGACUGUUAUAAGCAUUAUAUUCAAGAUAAGCUACCUGAUGGGAAAAUUAUAACGUGCAUGAAUUGUGAUUUAGCUCUAAGGAAUGAAGAUAUUGAUAAAAUAAUGGGCGACAAUUCAAGUGCAAAGUUAAUGCUUUCAUCAAUCAAAGGUUUUAUACAAAAGCAUAGCAAUCAUUACAAAUGGUGUCCAUUCGUAGAUUGCAAUUAUGUGAUUCAAGUGGGAAAUAUUUCUUCACUGUCAGAGUUUCCGCGAUUCCACAUUUCCCCGUAUGUUAUAUGUGACAACAAGCAUAAAUUUUGCUUUCAAUGUGGAUUAGAGUCGCAUGCCCCAGGAGAUUGUCAAGUCGCCGACGUUUGGGUUAAAACCGCACAAGCAGAAUCAGCUAACUUAAACUGGGUGUUAAAGAAUACAAAGGAAUGCCCCAAAUGUGGGGUCAACAUCGAAAAAAAUGGUGGGUGCAACCAUAUGACUUGCAAGAGCUGUGCUUAUGAGUUUUGCUGGAUCUGUGAAGGUUGUUGGAAAGACCAUGGGGGAAGCUAUUAUGAAUGCACACGUUUCAAAAAGGAGGAUAAAAAUGAUAACGUAGAAUCGAAAGGGUCUUUACGCAAAUAUACGUUUUAUUAUCGACUCUUCAGCGAGCAUGAAAACUCUGCCAAAUUAGAUUGGAAUCUUGGGCAAACAGUCGAACAGAAGGUCAGAGCUUUACAAGAAAAUGUUGGCAUUUCUUGGAUUGAGAGCCAAUUUCUUCCAGAAAGCAUAAGAGCAUUGAUCGAGGGGAGAACGACUUUGAAGUGGUCAUUUCCUGUAGCAUUUUACUCCGACCCUUCUCAUAACUUGACGAAAAUUUUCGUGGACAAUCAAUUUUUACUUGUAAAUGCUGUCGAGGACCUUUCGCAGUUACUCCAAAUAAAGGAACCCAAAAAAAUAAUGGAAAAGAAGCUAGACUUCUACAACAAAGCUAGGUUUGUAAAAAGCAGGGAGAACGCACUAAUAGAAUGUGGGCGCGAUUUGUUAUGCAAAGGAAUUUGUAUUCCUCAAAAAUAA